AUGGUGAAGCUGGCCAUCAUUCUCCUCAGCUUCUUCCUGUCAUCCCUGAUUUCGUCUUUUGUUAAUGGGGACGUGGCCGCCGGCACAAGCAAGAAAAUCGGGCAAAACUUCGCCGGGAAGAAUCCGUUUACGGCCAAGGCAUCUUUGAUUCGUUACUGGAAAAAACAAAUCUCCAACAACUUGUCAACGCCGUCAUUUUUCCUCAACAAAGCUUCCCCAUUAAACGCUGUGGAGUUAGCAACUUUUUCAAAGCUCAUCGAUCAGAACAGCACCUUAACAUCAGGUCAGCUUCAAGACUUGUGCUCCAAAGCAAACCUCCUUUGCGCCCCGGACUCAUCCACCACCAGCCCUGCCACUCAAGACGCAAAAAAAGACGUUAAUUUUGAUACUUAUAGCGAGCAGAACUUCACAAAUUACGGCACGAAACGACGAGGCGGAGCGGACACAUUCACAAACUACUCCAACUUCGAGGGCUUACCAGUAAAUAACUUCCGACGCUACAGCCGCAACUCGGUGGAACACGACGGCGCGUUCGCCAACUACGGCCUCGACGGCAACGUGGCGGACCAAAGUUUCAACGGUUACGGAAAGACGGCAAAAGGAGGGAGAGGAAACUUCGAGAAUUAUCAGGAAGCCGAGAACAUUCCAAAUCUCAAAUUUAACUCGUACAACGAAAACGCAAAAGGCGGCCGGACGCAGGAUUUCUCGAGUUACUCAAACGAAGCCAACGGCGGGGAGCAACAUUUCAAGAGCUACGACAAGAACGGGGUGGGACCUCGGAGUGAUUUCCUCACCUACUCAAACCAUUCCAACGUCGUCGUUUCCAGCUUCUCGCAUUACGGCGAAAACGGGAACGGAACCCAGGAACAUUUUACUCAGUACGGUUUCGAUUCCAACGUCCCGCUUAACCGAUUCACCACCUACUCGGAACGGGGCGGUGGAACGGUAAUUUUCCAGAGCUACACCGACGAUGCUAACAUCGGCGACGACACAUUUUCAUCCUACGGUAAAAAAUCAACCUCGUCGACCCGGGCAUUUUUCGAAACGUACGGUCAGUCGGCGAAUCGGGGCGCGGUGAAUUUCGUGAGCUACGGUGAAAACUCGACCGACCAUUUCAGCGUGUUUAAUUUCUACGGAGAGAAUCACAAUUUCAACCAGUACGUUAAAGACCGUGCCAAGUUUCAGAUUUACGUCAAUCGAAGCGAAUCCGCGACUAAAUCUGUGUCGGACGGUGAAAAAGUCAAUGGAAAUAAUAACAAUAAUAUUUGGGUGGAGCCUGGAAAGUUCUUCAGGGAGAGCAUGUUGAAGACUGGGAACAUAAUGCCAAUGCCAGAUAUCAGGGAUAAAAUGCCCAAAAGAUCAUUUUUACCGCGGGUGAUUGCCGCAAAAUUACCAUUUUUAUCUGGCAAUAUUGAUCGAAUGCAGGAAGUUUUCCACGCUGCUGAUGGUUCCAUGAUGGGCCGUAUGGUUAACGAUGUGGUGGAAGAGUGCGAACGGGCCCCGAGUCCAGGUGAGACCAAAAAGUGCGUUGGAUCAGGUGAAGAAAUGAUUGACUUUGCAAAAUCUGUUCUAGGCCCAAACAUUGUGGUUAGAACAACAGAAAACAUACAGGGAUCCAAUGGGGAAAUUCUGAUCGGGUCAGUUGUAGGGAUCAAUGAUGGGAAUGUUACUAAAUCGGUUUCUUGUCAUGAGAGCUUGUUUCCAUGGUUGCUGUAUUACUGUCACUCGGUUCCUAAAGUUCGGGUUUACCAAGCGGAUAUACUGGAUCCGAAAUCAAGGGCAAAGAUUAACCGGGGCGUGGCUAUAUGCCAUGUGGAUACCUCGACAUGGGGGCCCGGGCAUGCGGCAUUCUUAGCACUUGGGUCGGGUCCUGGACAGAUCGAAGUGUGUCAUUGGAUAUUUGAAAAUGACAUGACCUGGGUCGUGGCUGACUCUUAA